AUGGGCGUCAAAGGCUUGACCUCGUACGUCAAGCAGAUCCAGCAUGCUGUUUCCGAGCAGGUCACCGUCCCCGUCGAGACCGAUGCCACAUCCUCGUCAAUUGGUGGACCAUUCGUCAUCGACGGCUGGGCAUGGAUAUAUCGCGCCUACCUCGACCACUUCACCGAGUCCCUCCGCGGCGGCGACUACAUAGGCUACACCCUCCAUGCACGUCACUUCGUCAACGCACUGCGCUCCGCCGGUCUCGAGCCCAUCUUCAUCUUUGAUGGCCCUUACCUUCCGCUAAAGAUCCCAACGGUCCUGUCGCGAUUCGGGGAGAGCGCCGCGAACAACUCGGCGUUCAUGCGGUCUUCAUCGCGAUACAAGCCAGGCUUUCAGGUGUCGAUGGGCGUGUUUCCGCCAUUGCUGUACGACUGCACCCUCGAGGCGCUCCGUCAGUGCAAUGUCAAGGUGGUGAUCGAGGAGAUCGAGGCGGAUAGUGCGGUGGCCGAGAUCGCGGACAAGAUGGGCGGGUGGGCGGUGAGCAACGAUUCCGACUUCUUUGUUCUUUGUGCCAGAGGAGCGUCGUGUCGAGGGUACGUGCCGAUCGACUCGAUCGAGUACCUCGUCAAGCCGACACUCAAGGAAACAGAGGGCGCGCAAAUGGUUGCCGUUCCAGCCGACUUUGACGAUGAUGGAUUCGCUCCUGUCGGCAAGAGCGGCAGAGCAAAGGGACGAAAAGGCAUCAAGGCUGCUGAUCCAGUUGAAGUUCAAGCGCAGCUUCUCAACCGCCCACCGGCAAACGCGCAGGAAGGCACGCUCACAGGCAUCCGCUUCACCUCGUACUCCUCCUCUAAACUCGCUGCCGCUCUUGGCAUCCCAUCGUCCAUGCUCUCGCUCCUCGCCGCACUCGUGGGCAACGACUACACAGCCCCUAUCCAGCGACGCAUCCUCGACCCAGCACUCCCCUUUGGACCUCAGCGCAUCACCUUCAUCGCCAACGCCAUCAAGACCGAGACCCAGCGCAUGGCGUCCAACCGCACACCCGGCCGAUCUGGCACAGCAACCCCUUCCGCAUCGCGCACCGGUCUCGGUCGCACCGGCUCCGGAUGGAGCGUCCCUUCUCGUGGUUCCGGAUCGGCGAUGACAUCGACUAAUGCGACCCCCAUCGGCGACGCGAUGCAUCCCAAACUCGAUGAAGCUCUCGCCGCGCUCUCGCUCAACGACCCGGUCCGAUUCAUGGUGCAGAACGUCACCACCCGCAUCUUGGCUGGCGUAGCAACACAUACGCGGGAAGCAUACAUCACCUCGGGCGAGCAGGAGCAGUUGGUAGACGCGAUCAUCGAUUCGGUUGCGACCUACUCGCUGCUCUCCGACCCGUCGGCGAUACACCGUUCGACGCCGGGUGCGGAGUUCUUCGCGCGUUCCGAGGUGAAGUUGUACAGGAGUGCCUACGAGAAGGGCUUCUUCGACCGCACGCUCGUGGAAAGUCUUACGCAGCGAUUUAGUUUGAAUCGAAUGGCGCCGGAAGAUCCGGAUUCGAAGUCGAUCCAGAGCACCCAUGCGAGGGAUCUGCGCAGGUGCACGACUACCACGCUGUUCGGCGCCUGGGGGAUGGAUUGGGCGAGGGAGACGCUCGAAGAGCCUCUAGCUCAGGAGGACGCCGAGGAGGAGGAGCACGUGGGGGCGAUACCCAUUCUAGCUGGUCCGGGACCCAACAAGGUCAACUGGGAACAGGAGGGCGAUCCGAACGAGAUGAUUCCUGUCCAGACGCCUCCUUCGUCCUUUGGCAGCUCGAUGUACGAGGACGAAGAAGAGGAUGAUGAGGAGGAGGAGGUGCGGUCGAGACCUGGGUCCGCGGUGGGUUUGCUCGAUGAGGAAGAGGACGGCGUCAAGCCAGCGCCCGCCGUGAUGGAUUACAGCAGGAAGGGGGACAGGUAUGCUGGGGAGCAAUGCCCGAUUCUGUCGCUCGACGCACUGGUAGCGAGGCACAGGCAGGAGCUCGGCAUCGAACCGCCCCAGGUGCUGAGCAAGUACUUGCGCGCGUAG